AUGAACAGAGCUCUCUCAUUGGUUGCUAGAAAGUCCCAAAACAUUUCACUCCACGUGAACAAGAAUGGCAUGGCUCUCAUGACCUUGCAAUUCAACUCUCCUUUGGCUCAACAAAGAUUCUUACAAACACUCAGAAAGAGAAACAAUCCAGGAUUCAUGGAUACCGUUUCAGGAAUGUAUGAAAGUCCAGAAUUCAAACUUGACUGUAAACCAUUCGAAUUCCGUGAAGGUGAACCAUUCUUCCUCCUCAAUUAUUUGGGUGUCAUUAUUGUCGCUUCUACCAUUGCUUUUGCUUUCAUGUUGUGUUUCAGUAGUUUGAUGAGAUAUACUUUGGUCGAUGUUGCUGUUGUUGUGAAGAGAACUAAUCCUCAUCCAUUCUUGAAUAUUAAGAACGGAGCUGAUUUGCAAGCAACUUUAAAUCCACUUUAUGUUCCAUGUCAACCAUUCACUCACUCCACUGACUUGAAGCAAAUGUUCUACAAUGAAUUGAAUAGAGCUAAGGAUAAUACUUUGUAA